GGAACACGCUAUGUGUGGCUGCACAUUUACCGUUCACUGACACGCAUAAACAAAUUUCGUGUUUUUUUGGUAUUUGUCCCCAAUGGGACAUGGUUUGCACGAUAAACUCAAAAUUAUUAUGACUUUUCGAAUUGAGGUAAAAAAUUAAUUAGGGUAACACACUGGUUCAGCAAUUCUGUUUACGAGAUGUGCGAAAACAAAACGUACCCAAGGAAUUGGUGGCUGGCGUUUGGAGUCAUUUGUUUCUUGACGCUGGCUACGCGAUUUUACAAAGUUCAGGAGCCUGCACACGUUUGCUGGGAUGAGACACACUUUGGUAAAAUGGGCAGCUGGUAUAUUAAUCGAACGUUCUUUUUUGAUGUGCAUCCCCCUUUAGGGAAGAUGCUUAUCGGUUUAGCAGGCUACGUAACUGGUUAUGAUGGAACUUUUCCCUUUGAUAAACCGGGUGAUAAGUAUUAUAAUACUAGCUAUAUUGGAAUGAGAGUGUUUUGUACUGCUGUGGGUGCUACUAUAGUACCAAUGUCGUUUUUAAUAGUAGAUGAAAUGACACAUUCGGUAACAGCAGCCCUAUUCUCAUCACUGUUGAUAUUACUAGAUGUGGGUUUAAUUACGUUGACACAAUACAUUUUAUUAGAUCCCCUAUUGCUGUGUUUCUUAAUGGGAUCUAUUCUGGGAGCUAUUAAAGUGUCUUCAGAUUCUACUCGAGAAUUUUCCUUCAGAUGGUACAGCUGGUUGAUUUUUACCGGCUUGAUGUUGUCGUGCUGUAUUUCUGUAAAAUUUGUCGGGCUCUUUGCUGUGAUGUUAGUGGGAUUAAUUACAAUUUCUGAUCUAUGGAGAAUUCUAGGUGAUCUGACUCGUCCUGUGACUGUGACUUUGAAGCAUUUAAUUGCAAGAGCAAUAUGUUUAAUUAUUUGGCCCAUAUUACUAUACGUGACAUUUUUUUACAUACAUCUCGCAGUUUUGAAUCGCAGUGGUAAUGGAGAUGGGUUUUACAGUUCAGCAUUUCAAUCGCAAUUAAUCGGUAACAGUUUGCACAAUGCCAGUAUGCCUCAUCUUGUUGCAUAUGGAGCUGUAGUUACUCUCAAAAACCACAGAACAGGAGGAGGCUAUUUACAUUCACACUACCAUCUCUAUCCGGACGGAAUUGGAGCAAAACAACAGCAGAUAACUACAUAUACGCAUAAAGAUGACAAUAACAAAUGGAUUAUUUAUAAGUACAACACUAACGAUGUAAAAGGAGUUACCAUUGUACGAAGUGGGGAUUUAGUCAGAUUUGUGCAUUUGCCGACAAAGCGUAAUUUACACUCGCACAAAGAACAAGCUCCAAUAACAAAGAAACACUUUCAAGUAACCGGCUACGGUGAGAAUGGGACAGGUGACGCUAACGAUAUUUGGAGAGUUUCGAUAAUCGGUGGCACUGAUGGUAGCGAAGUUACUACAGUCAGUAGUAAAAUUAGAUUAAUACACUAUCUACAGUCGUGCGCAUUAACAAGCACUGGCAAGCAGUUGCCCAAAUGGGGCUAUGAGCAACAGGAAGUAUCUUGUAAUCCGAAUCUUCGUGAUGCUAACGCAAUAUGGAAUGUUGAAGAGAACUUUUUUCAAAAAUUGCCUAACGUUAGUUUUAAAGUCUACGCGCCGAGCUUUAUUGAAAGAUUUCUCGAAUCACACGCUGUAAUGUUUCAAGGCAAUGCGGGUUUAAAACCUAAAGAAGGAGAGGUUACAUCUCGUCCUUGGCAGUGGCCAAUUAAUUACAGGGGCCAAUUUUUUUCCGGUUCUGCAUAUAGAAUUUAUCUACUUGGGAAUCCUGUGAUCUGGUGGGGUAAUUUAGUAUUCCUGAUUGUUUUUGUGAUAGUAUUUAUUACAAGGAGUAUUAAGCAACAAAGAGGAUAUGUCAAAACAUUAACAGGUACGAAAUUUAUUCUCGCUUGUUAUGUAUUUAAUCCGUGUUUUUGUAUAGUAGAAGCACCCAACCGACAUUUAGAAGCUUGUGCAUGGAUGUUUUUGGCAUGGUCAUUACACUAUGUGCCUUUCUGGGCAAUGGGUCGGGUGCUAUACUUUCAUCACUACUUCCCGGCGUUGUUAUUUAACUCAAUGUUAACAGGUAUUCUGUUUGAUUAUUUAUUGGACGUAAUUCCAUGCCUCUUUCCGGAAAAGAUUGGUACCACAAUUUAUCAUACAAUGAUGGGUUUGUUUUUAGCUAUUCUAAUGUAUAGCUUUGUAAAUUUUGCGCCUCUUGCGUAUGGUAUGACAGGCCCAAGUUCAAGUGAACGUAAUUCGACAAUGUCUGGGCUAAAAUGGUUGGAUAGUUGGGAAUUUUGAAAUUACCACAGAUUUAUGUUUACAACUUAUUUUUAUACAAUAAAGACUUUUAUGCAUUUUA